AUGUUUUCAAGAUUCUUUUCUGGUGUCUUUUGUUUUGUCAAAACUCUUUUCAGUUUUCUUCCUCGCAUUCUUCCUUAUUUCAGUCCCUUUCUCCCACUAAUAUAUUUCUUUAAUUUUCUUUCUUCAUUCUCUCUUUCUUUCUUCAUUCGCUGUUUCUUUCUCCUUUUCUCUUUUUUGUUUCUUUCUUUCACUGUUUCCCUCUUUCUUUUUCUUUCUUUCUUUUUCCUUUUCUUUCUGUUUCUUUCUCUAUUCCUAUUUCUCUUUUCGUUUCUUUCUUUCUUCCUUUCUUUCUUUCUUUCUUUUUUCUUCCUUUCUUUGUAUUUCUGUCUUUCUUUUUUAUCUUUUUCUCUCCCUUUCUCACUUACUUUUUCUUUCUUUCUUUCUUUCUUUCUUUCUUUCUUUCUUUCUUUCUUUCUUUUCAUCUUGCGCAUUAUUUUUUCUUUCUUUCUUUCACUUUCUCUAUCUUUUUCCACUUUUCCUUCUUUCUCCAUCUUUCUUUCUUUCUUUCUGUUUCUUUUUUCUUUUUCUUUCUUUCUAAUUUUUCUUUUUCAUUCUUUCUUUCUUUCAGUAAUUCUUUCGUUCUCGUUUUAUUUCUCUAUUUUUCCGACUUUCUUUUUCUUUCUUUUUUUUUCUGUCUUCCUCCUUUACUUUUUCUCUUGCUCAUUCUUUUUCCUUUCUUUCUACCUCUUUCUUUUUCUUUCUCUCUUUCUCUUUCUUCCUUUCGUAUUUCUUUAA